UGAGGCGGGCAGGAGGUUCGGUCCCGGCGCGGUCCCGCUCCGGCCCGGGCCCGUCCCACCGCCUCGGCCCGACCCGGCCCGGCCUGGCCCGUCCCGGCCCGCGGACGUACCCCCAUGCCCGCUCACGGCCGCCCGCCGGUAGCGGCUGACGCCUGCGGAGCAGCGAGGCGCGGGGCCCGGGGAGGCGAUGGCUGCGGAUCUGGUGGUGCUGCUCUGCUUGGCCGCCGCUGCGGCCGCCGUGGAAGAAACUUUGAUGGAUACACGGACGGCGACGGCCGAGCUGGGCUGGACUGCCAACCCUCCUUCGGGGUGGGAAGAAGUCAGUGGCUACGACGAAAACCUCAACACCAUCCGUACCUACCAGGUGUGCAACGUCUUCGAGCCCAACCAGAACAACUGGCUCCUCACCACCUUCAUCAACCGGCGUGGAGCUCACCGCAUCUACACCGAGAUGCGCUUCACCGUGCGGGACUGCAGCAGCCUCCCCAACGUCCCCGGCUCCUGCAAGGAGACCUUCAACCUCUACUACUACGAGACAGACUCUGUCAUUGCCACCAAGAAGUCCACCUUCUGGACAGAGGCACCCUACCUCAAAGUGGACACCAUUGCUGCUGACGAGAGCUUCUCCCAGGUGGACUUUGGGGGCAGGUUGAUGAAGGUGAACACAGAAGUGAGAAGUUUCGGGCCUCUGACCCGCAAUGGUUUUUACCUGGCUUUCCAGGACUACGGGGCUUGCAUGUCUCUGCUCUCUGUCAGGGUCUUCUUCAAGAAGUGCCCUAGCGUGGUGCAGAACUUUGCCAUCUUCCCGGAGACGAUGACAGGAGCAGAGAGCACCUCCCUGGUGACUGCCCGCGGCACCUGCAUCCCCAACGCUGAGGAGGUGGACGUGCCCAUCAAGCUGUACUGCAACGGGGACGGGGAGUGGAUGGUGCCCAUCGGCCGCUGCACCUGCAAGGCUGGUUACGAGCCCGAGAACAACGUGGCCUGCAAAGCCUGCCCAGCGGGGACAUUCAAGGCCAGCCAGGGCACGGGGGGGUGCACACCGUGUCCCCCCAACAGCCGCUCCACCGCCGAGGCCGCGCCGCUCUGCUCCUGCCGCAACGGGUACUACCGGGCGGACCUGGACCCGCCAGCAGCCUCCUGCACCAGUGUCCCGUCCGGCCCCCGCAACGUCAUCUCCAUCGUCAACGAGACGUCCAUCAUCCUGGAGUGGCACCCGCCGCGGGAGACGGGCGGUCGGGACGACGUCACCUACAACAUCGUCUGCAAGAAGUGCCGCUCGGACCGGCGCUCCUGCUCCCGCUGCGAUGACAACGUGGACUUUGUCCCCCGGCAGCUGGGGCUGACAGAAACCCGAGUCUUCAUCAGCAACCUGUGGGCACACACCCCCUACACCUUCGAGAUUCAGGCUGUCAAUGGGGUUUCCAGCAAGAGCCCCUUCCCACCGCAGCACGUCUCUGUCAACAUCACCACCAACCAAGCUGUCUUUUCCCCUUCUCCUCUUUUCCAGGCUCCCCUGCCCCUUUCCCUCCCUUCUUCCCGACCAGGCAUCAGGAGCUGAACAAGAAGCUCUGGGCCAAGCCUGGAUGCAGACGCUUGAUGUGCAGAAGGCAAAGGGUCCUGGGCUUCAGGGAGGAGCCCAGGGAGGGAGCAGAGGGGAUGGGAACCAUCUGCUUGGGGUGGAGAAAGGGGGUGGAAAUUCCUGCCAACCUCUUCCCUGUGCUCGUGCCCGGCUGACAUCACCGUCUGCUGAACCAUGGGCAAGCAAACCUGCCCCUGGUUUCCAGGCCUUUUCUCCCAGAGUGGGAUUUUUUGGGGUGUUUCUUCACUCAUCUCCCACCCCAGGGCUGCCCAGGAGCUGGGAACAGCCAGGGCUCCCCACUCUGCCUCCCUGUUUGCUGCUUAUCCACGUGGAAGCGCUCCCAGUGGGUGAGCCGGGCUGUGGUGCCACCAGAUGGAAGCACGUGGGGUGUGCCAAGGGCAGGAUGGGUGCUGACCCCCUGAAAUCCCUGGGCAGGGGGUUUUCCCACCCCGUUCUCCUUGCGUGGAGCUGGAUGUGGAGCAGUGGGUGAAUCCAGCAGGGCUGCAGAGCAGUGGGUGCACCCAGCAGGGCUGCAGAGCAGUGGGUGCACCCGCCAGGGCUGUCCCAGCCCGCUCCACCAGCCCCGCCAACGGGGCGGGGAACGUGGCAAUUAACAAAGCAGCAAUCAAGCUGAGUGUUUAAUUUCAGCCCACGAGCAUCUUCUGGGAGCGGAUGUGGAGAGAUGAAAAAGAAAGGACGGGAUUAAAUCUGCUGGGUAAACAGAGGCGGUGCCGUGUUACCGGCAGCUCCCGCUGCCCCGCGUUCCCUCCCCAGCACCCAGAGCUUGGCUCUGCCCUGGAUCCAUGGGGAGGAGGCAUUUUCCCUGCACUGGCCAGGGAGCUGACCCUGUGAGCAGGGGUGCCAGCACCUCUUUGGGUGUGGAGGGACUUGGGUGCUUCCCUUGGAGGCAUUCGGUGGGAUUAAGUGCAGGGUCAGGGCCAUGUUGGCCAGCUCUGGCCCUUCCAGGGUGACUUGGAGAGGAAAAAGCCUUUGGAAAAGUGGCUCCUGGCUAAUUUGGUGUCCUUGGUGGUGGAAGGCUGAUGUUGCUGCUGCUGGGGAUGCUUGGCUCCUGGGGUGCUCAGCUCCUGGGGUGCUCAGCUCCAGAGAUGCUUGGCUUCAGGAUGCUCAUGUCCAUGGAUGUUUGGCUUCAGGGGUGCUGGGCUCUGGGGGUGCUCAGCUCCUGGGGUGCUCUGCUCCAGGAUGCUUGGCUCUGCUGGGCAAUUGGCUCAGAGAUGCUUGGCUCCAGGAUGCUCAUGUCCAUGGAUGUUUGGCUUCAGGGGUGCUGGGCUCUAGGGGUGCUCAACUCUGUGGCUGCUCGGAUCUGGGGGUGCUCUGCUUUGGAAUGUUCUGCUCUAGGGGUGCUCAGCUUUGGGAUCCUCUGCUCUGGGCUGCUCAGCUCUGGGGACCAUUGUGUCUAGGGAUGCUUGUCUCCAGAGGUGCUCACCUCUGGGGCUGCUUGGAUCUGGGGGUGCUCUGCUUUGGAAUGUCCAGCUCUGGGGGAUGUCAGAUGUUCAGUUCCCUUGCAGGCACAGAACAGCCCUGGGAUUGCGGCAGUGCACUCGGGAGCAGGGCAGGGAGCAGUGGCAGUGGGGACAAGGUGCCUGGCAGCUUUUUUUUAGGACAUGAGCUGGCUUGGCUCUGUCCCUGGUGUGUGAGCUCCAGUACUGCAGGUGGCUCCACGGAGCAAUGUGGAGUGUGGUGGGGGCAGCAAGGCUGGUCAGAAAUGCACAGCACGGAGGGAAGGGGGUUGGACAAGCCCCACCAGGGUCACACCCAGUACUGAGCAUCUUCCUUUCUCCAGGAGAGCUGAGACAAGAUGCCUGGGGCUGCUCUGGUUUGCUCCUUGGAGGUCUUGGGGGCUGCAGGGAUGGAGACUGCACCUCUCGAGCACCCUUGAGCCAUGACCCCCAGGGUGGGCAACCAGCUGAAGGUUAUUUUGAGACUGUUCUGCAAGUGUUUGGGCUUUGGAAAUGGAACUCCUGUGAGUAGCGUGUUUGGAUGCUGAGGAUGAGCAUCCCCAGAGAGCCCCUGAGAGCAGGCCCAGCUGCUCCUCUGGCCAGGCUGAGCCAAACCACGCUGCAGGCUCCAGCACCUUGGGCUCCAUUUGCUGGGCUGGGGUCUCCCUACCCUGGUUUCCCAUCACUGUCCUCAGGGUGGGCAGAUUUUUGCUCUGUGUCCCACAGCCCCUGGGGUGGUGGCUGUGGCACAGGCUGCUCCAUGGGGAGCCUGUUCCAGCAGCAGAGCUGGGGACCCUCAGCACUGGGGACCUUGGUUUGUCUCCACGGGGGGAGCUUUGCUGUCUUUGCCCCUCGGUGAGUGAUAUCCUUGGAGCAAGCAAUCCCAGGGAGAAGGAACACUGGAGAUGACUAAACUCCUAAUUAAAAAGAAUAAUUGGCGUCAGUGGCAGAAUUCCCUCGCCGGCUCCACAUACGCUGCAGAGAUGCUGCUUUUCCCACUGCUGAUGUGUGAAGGUGUCCCAUGGGGGGACAUAUUCACAAGCCUGGAAGAUCUGGGCUGCUCCACCAGCCUGGAAGAUCUGGGCUGCUCCACCAGCCCAGGAGACUUGGGCCCCCCUCGCUAGGGCUGCCGGUUCAUCCCCCCUCUCCCUUAACUUUCCCUCCCUCCCCGCU